AUGUCUUCUACUUCUUUUCCCAAUGGAGAGACCAUCUCUCGCUUCAUCAAUUCAGUGCAGCACUGUUGUGAUGAAAUCACCAAACCUGACUCCCUCUUUGUUGCUGACUCCAAUUCCAACAAGGCCUUCUACUUAAGUCUCCUGAACCGCUGGCUCGCAAAGUUCUCCAAGCUGGUUCCCGCUGACGGCUAUUUUGAGGCAGAUGCAGAUGGUGCCGAUGUUGUUGACUUGGAAGUCUAUGUCCCUCCAACCCUUGUGAGGGCCAGGAUCGAAACGGCCAAGAUGGAGAGGAACAGGGCGGAGAGUGAGGUUGUGAUCAACAACGCCUUCUUUGACUCAGUUGGCAUGAAGAAGGUACCUGGCGUGUGCUCCGGUUGCAAUGAGGACUUUGGUCAAAACCCAAGGAAGAAGACUGAGUAUCCUGGUGAGGACUUUCGUUUCCACAAGGCUUGCUACAAGGCUGCUAAGAAGGAAGCUCUGGACAGACAUCUAACUAGCUUGGAGAUGGCAGGGGAGAUUGCAAAGGAGAUGGCAAAAGAGAUGGCCAAUCGUCAACAACGAAGAUCCAAGAUUGCCAAAGUCAUGGUCGAUGAGGAUGACAAGGGUGGACCCUCCAAUAUUGCCAAGAUUGUCAGGGCCAAGCCUGUCGAUGUCGAGGACGAGCCACCCGCCAAGCCCAUCAAGAUGGGUAGGGUCGUUGAGGAGCUUCCAGCCAAACCAGCCAAGGCCAAAGUAGUUGAGGAGGAGCCUCCAGCCAAACCUUCCAAGCCAGCCAAGGCCAAGGUCGUUGAGGAGGAGCCUGCCAAGGUUACCAAGACCAAGCACCAAGAGCCUCCUGCCUCUCCACCAGCAUCCAAGGGCAAAGGCAAGAAGUAG